GGGAACAGAGCGGUCCAAUGAGCGCGGUGCGGCGGAAGAGCGGCAGUAAUGUGCGUUGAUAAAGACGGCGAAAAUAAGAUUAAUAAUUGAACUAAUUAAAUAAUUGUUUUUAAAAAAGCAUUAGUCUAAAUAUUUGUUUGAGCGCAGAACGGAAGAUCGGAGCACUGGCCCACGUGUCUGCAGGGUCAGUGAUGGAUGCUGAAGGAUUCGGGGAGCUGCUCCAGCAGGCUGAGCAGCUGGCUGCAGAGACGGAGGCUAUCUCGGAGCUGCCACACGUGGAGCGAAACCUCCAGGAGAUCCAGCAGGCGGGGGAGAGGCUGAGGGCCAGAACCCUGACCCGCACCUCGCAGGAAACUGCCGAUGUCAAGGCCUCCAUUCUACUUGGCUCCAGAGGACUGGAUAUUUCUCAUAUCUCUCAGCGACUGGAAAGUCUGAGUGCGGCUACGACAUUUGAACCCCUCGAGCCAGUGAAGGACACAGAUAUACAGGGCUUUCUGAAGAACGAGCGUGACAAUGCGCUGCUGUCAGCCAUCGAGGAGUCCAGGAGGAGGACCUUCGUCACUGCGGAAGAGUACCACAGGGAGUCGAUGCUGGUGGAGUGGGAGCAGGUGAAGCAGAGGAUCCUGCACACGCUGCUGGCUUCAGGAGAGGACGCACUGGACUUCACCCAGGAAGCCGAGCCUAGUUUCCUCAGCGACACGGGUCCUUCGGGGCGCAGCGCUCUGGAUAGCGUGGAAGUGGCUUACGGACGGCAGAUUUAUGUGUUCAAUGAGAAAAUAGUAAAUGGACACCUGCAGCCCAGCCUGGGGGACCUGUGUGCUUCUGUAGCAGAACGUCUGGAUGACAAGAAUGUCUCUGAGAUGUGGGCCAUGGUGAAGCAGAUGACAGACGUUCUGCUGGUUCCUGCCCGGGACACGCUGAACAGCCGCACCAGCGUGGAGAUGCAGAUGGCGUUUGUGAGUCGGGCCCUGCAGUUUCUUGAGCAGAGUUAUAAAAACUACACCAUGGUGACAGUCUUUGGUAACCUGCACCAAGCUCAGCUGGGAGGAGUGCCCGGGACCUAUCAGCUUGUUCGCAGUUUUCUUAAUAUAAAGCUGCCUGGCCCCCUUCCAGGGCUCCAGGACGGGGAGGUGGAAGGGCAUCCCGUGUGGGCUCUGAUCUACUAUUGCAUCCGCUGCGGGGACCUGGUGGCAGCCAUGCAGGUGGUGAACCGAGCGCAGCACCAGCUGGGAGAGUUCAAGAAUUGGUUUCAGGAGUACAUGAGCAGCACUGACAGACGAUUGGCUCCCACAGCAGAAAACAAGCUUCGACUGCAUUACAGACGCGCCCUGAGAAACAACACAGACCCCUAUAAGAGAGCCGUGUACUGCCUGAUCGGGAAGUGCGACAUCACCGACAACCACGGCGAGGUGGCGGACAAGACCGAGGAUUACCUGUGGCUCAAGCUGAACCAGGUUUGCUUCGAGGAAGACUCCACCAACUCUCCACAGGACAGGCUGACCCUACCACAGCUCCAGAAACAGUUGCUUGAAGAUUACGGAGAGUCGCACUUCGCUGCCGGUCAGCAGCCCUACCUGUAUUUCCAGGUGCUGUUCCUGACGGCUCAGUUUGAGGCGGCCGUCGCCUUCCUGUUCCGUAUGGAGCGGCUGUGCAGCCACGCCGUGCACGUGGCCCUGGUGCUCUACGAGCUCAGACUCCUCCUGAUGUCCUCCGGUCACAGCGCACGGCUCUUGAGCCAGGAGCCUGGGGAUCCCCCAAUGAUAAGAAGAUUGAAUUUCAUCCGUCUGUUGAUGCUGUACACAAGAAAGUUUGAGUCGACCGACCCAAGAGAAGCGCUUCAGUACUUUUAUUUUCUCAGAAACGAGAAAGACAGCCAAGGAGAAAGCAUGUUCAUGCGAUGUGUUAGUGAGCUUGUCAUUGAAAGCAGAGAGUUUGACAUGCUUCUUGGGAGACUUGAAAAAGAUGGCAGCAGAAAGCCUGGAGUUAUUGAUAAGUUUGCUGGAGACACGAGGGCCAUCAUCAGCACCGUUGCACAGGAGGCAGAGAACAAAGGGUUAUUUGAAGAAGCUGUUAAACUAUAUGAACUGGCGAAGAAUCCAGACAAGGUAAUGGGGCUGAUGAACAAGCUGCUCAGUCCUGUGGUCUCACAGGCCAGUGCUCCACAGUCUAACAGAGAGAGGCUGAAGAACAUGGCCCUCGCCAUUGCAGAGCGGUAUAGAACUCAGGGCAUUUCUGCAGAAAAGUCUGUUGACAGCACUUUCUAUCUUCUGCUGGACCUUAUAACCUUUUUUGAUGAGUAUCACGCCGCUCAUGUUGACCGCGCGUAUGAUGUGAUGGAGCGUCUCAAGUUGGUUCCACUCAGCCAAGACAGUGUGGAGGAGAGGGUCGCUGCCUUCAUAAACUUCAGUGAUGAAGUCAGACAUAACUUAUCCGAAGUGCUCCUGGCCACCAUGAAUAUUCUGUUCACUCAGUACAAGAGGUUAAAGGGCACGACCCCGGCAUCCCCCGCACGACCCCAAAGAGCGCUGGAGGACAGGGACUCUCAACUUCGAACCCAAGCCCGUGCUCUGAUCACAUUCGCGGGUAUGAUUCCGUACCGCAUGGCGGGAGACACCAACGCUCGACUGGUGCAGAUGGAGGUGCUCAUGAACUAGCCUGGGCUUCAGCCCUGAGGUCACAAAUAAAUCCCUUCCAUCAAGUUUCCUACAUGUAUUAUCUGCUGUUGAAAUAAAAAUCCAUUUAGUGUUUUA